AUUAACCAGAAAAAGAGUGUUUUAUUGGAUCAUCUCCAAGGUCUCUCUUAGCUUUUAAAGAAAGGUUCUGAUAAUGGGAAGAAGGGAAGUUUGUGCCCAGUGAGUUUACCAGGAGCCCUGAAAGCUGCCCUCAGGCCCCUGCAGUGGGGGGUUGUGGGAAAGUUGCCUCCUAACUCCAUUAACUCAGCUGGUAGCUCUUCCCCCCUACUCUUAGCCAACCACCCUGUGGGGCAAAUGAUCUGGCAAAUGGAGAUUGUUCUCCCCUCUUCUCAGUGGGGUCCUUAUUCUUUCACAGCUGGGCUCAGCAGAGUCAUCUGGCCUCAUCCAUCAGAGGGCUACAGUCAAUGUCCUCCACGUGUACCUCGCGUGCAAAGUUCCCGUUGCGUGCAAAGGCUGCUAACAGCUGGGACGUUGGCAGCCUAGAUGGAAGGGUCUUAUUUGGCACAACAAGGGAAUGGGGUGGGGCCCGCCUAGGCUCAGCCCUUCCUUAGUUGGGUCUCCCACCCCUAUCCUGACACACUUACCUCACCCUGCCUUGGGCCAGGCUCCCUGCAUCAGUGGGGCACUGUACAAGAGAAAGGUGGGAGACAGGCCCUUACUACUAGCUAUUUGGCCUCAGAUAAAUCUAUUUAGCUUUCUUGGCAUCAGUGUACUCAUUUAUAAGACAAGAUAUAAUACUUAAAAGAUAAUAUUUGUCCUACUUUUCCCACAGAACUGUUAUGAAAAAUGUUCUGCAGAUUUCAAAGGGUCAGAAAUAGGAGCCAGAUCUUUGAAAAUACAGUUCUUGCUUUAUGUGAAUUUGCAUUAGGCCCACUCAACCAUACAUAAAGAAUUCUGAAAGGAAUUGCCAUUCCACAAAAACACUGAUGUUAACUUUACUGCACAGUACGGGUGUUCUCUCACCUUGUUCUUGUCCCUCAGCUGGGUGCUCAGCAGCACCCCCCCCCCCCCAAACCAAACCCACUCGAAAACCUUCCAAUGAAAACAGAAGAAUGGACAUGUGGAAAGACCACCACCACUGGAUCCUGAGCUUGGUUGGAGAGUGGCCUAUCACCCAUACAAGCGCAAAUCAUCCAACUGCCACUGCCUAGCCUUUGCUACUCUUCUGCCAUGGAACCAACACACAGUAUUGAUUCCAAGACAAGGUAAAAGUUUCUUUAAAAAUCUUUUUAAAUGUUUGUUGGAUCGAAUUAAGUCAAUAUUAUUAGCAAUGAUAACGUCUGCAUAAUUGGACCAUAAAGGGGAUUUGUCAGGGUAUCUAGAGACAUUGACUUCCCAUCCUCCAACCCCUUUGCACAUGCUUUUGCUUCACAAAAAGUAGCACUCUGACCCUGCACCCCAUUCUUACCCACUACCCAGAGCCCAGCCUGCUUUGGCAAAGGACUAUUGCCAAGUCUAGGAGUGUGACUUUGUGCCUCCUUAUCUCAUCCUAUCUUCCUUCUGAGGAGGCAGAAGGCUUGAAUUCUGGUUUCUAUUGUUAACUUGCUUUAAGACAAGUCACCUCUAUGAGCUUCAUCUUCCCAUUUGCAAAUGUAACACUUGUUAAUCAUUUCUAUAUAUAAUGCACUGGAGAUGAACAGCUACCUGCUCUUGAGGUGCCAGCUAAUUGAGGGGGAUGGGGAUGAUCACGGGGGGAUUGGAGCCCACCUAUAAGGGGCCUUUUGGACCUGACAUUUUCUGUUUGAAGGGUCCUCCUGCCUCUGAUCGUUGUAAAGACCUUCCCAGCCUUGCCAUUCUGUGUUGUAACGAGCUUCCCAGCCCUCACAUUCUGUAUUCUAAGGUCUCUCCCAGCUUUGACAUUCUCUGUUCUAAGAGCCCCCCCAGCUCUGACCUUCUCUGUUCUAAGCUCCCUCCCAGCUCUGACAUUCUCUGUUCUAAGGUCUCUCCCAGCUCUGAUAUUCUCUGUUCUAAGAGUCCCCCCAGCUCUGACAUUCUCUGUUCUAAGCUCCCUCCCAGCUCUGACAUUCUCUGUUCUAAGAACUCUCCCAGCUCUGACAUUCUCUGUUCUAAGGUCUCUCCCAGCUCUGACAUUCUCUGUUCUAAGCUCCCUCCCAGCUCUGACAUUCUCUGUUCUAAGGUCUCUCCCAGCUUUGACAUUCUCUGUUCUAAGGUCUCUCCCAGCUUUGACAUUCUCUGUUCUAAGGUCUCUCCCAGCUCUGACAUUCUCUGUUCUAAGAGUCCCCCCAGCUCUGACAUUCUCUGUUCUAAGGUCUCUCCCAGCUCUGACAUUCUCUGUUCUAAGAGUCCCCCCAGCUCUGACAUUCUCUGUUCUAAGGUCUCUCCCAGCUCUGACAUUCUCUGUUCUAAGGUCUCUCCCAGCUCUGACAUUCUCUGUUCUAAGGUCUCUCCCAGCUCUGACAUUCUCUGUUCUAAGAGUCCCCCCAGCUCUGACAUUCUCUGUUCUAAGGUCUCUCCCAGCUCUGACAUUCUCUGUUCUAAGAGUCCCCCCAGCUCUGACAUUCUCUGUUCUAAGGUCUCUCCCAGCUCUGACAUUCUCUGUUCUAAGAGUCCCCCCAGCUCUGACAUUCUCUGUUCUAAGCUCCCUCCCAGCUCUGACAUUCUCUGUUCUAAGGUCUCUCCCAGCUUUGACAUUCUCUGUUCUAAGAGCCCCCCCCCAGCUCUGACAUUCUCUGUUCUAAGCUCCCUCCCAGCUCUGACAUUCUCUGUUCUAAGGUCUCUCCCAGCUCUGACAUUCUCUGUUCUAAGAGUCCCCCCAGCUUUGACAUUCUCUGUUCUAAGGACUCUCCCAGCUCUGACAUUCUCUGUUCUAAGGUCUCUCCCAGCUCUGACAUUCUCUGUUCUAAGCUCCCUCCCAGCUCUGACAUUCUUUGUUCUAAGGACUCUCCCAGCUCUGACAUUCUCAGUUCUAAGGUCUCUCCCAGCUCUGACAUUCUCUGUUCUAAGCUCCCUCCCAGCUCUGACAUUCUCUGUUCUAAGAACUCUCCCAGCUCUGAUAUUCUCUGUUCUAAGGGUCCCCCCAGCUCUGACAUUCUCUGUUCUAAGCUCCCUCCCACCUCUGACAUCCUCUGUUCUAAGGUCUUUCCCAGCUCUGACAUUCUCUGUUCUAAGGUCUCUCCCAGCUCUGACAUUCUCUGUUCUAAGCUCCCUCCCAGCUCUGACAUUCUCUGUUCUAAGGUCUCUCCCAGCUUUGACAUUCUCUGUUCUAAGGUCUCUCCCAGCUUUGACAUUCUCUGUUCUAAGGUCUCUCCCAGCUCUGACAUUCUCUGUUCUAAGAGUCCCCCCAGCUCUGACAUUCUCUGUUCUAAGGUCUCUCCCAGCUCUGACAUUCUCUGUUCUAAGAGUCCCCCCAGCUCUGACAUUCUCUGUUCUAAGCUCCCUCCCAGCUCUGACAUUCUCUGUUCUAAGGUCUCUCCCAGCUUUGACAUUCUCUGUUCUAAGAGCCCCCCCCAGCUCUGACAUUCUCUGUUCUAAGCUCCCUCCCAGCUCUGACAUUCUCUGUUCUAAGGUCUCUCCCAGCUCUAACAUUCUCUGUUCUAAGAGUCCCCCCAGCUCUGACAUUCUCUGCUCUAAGAACCCUCCCAGCUCUGAUAUUCUCUGUUCUAAGGGUCCCCCUAGCUCUGACAUUCUCUGCUAAGGUCUCUCCCAGCUCUGAUAUUCUCUGUUCUAAGGGUCCUCCCAGCUCUGACAUUCUCUGUUCUAAGAACUCUCCCAGCUCUGACACUCUCUGUUCUAAGCUCCCUCCCAGCUCUGACAUUCUGUUCUAAGGGUCCCCCUAGCUCUGACGUUCCCUGUUCUAAGGUCUCUCCCAGCUCUGACAUUCUCUGUUCUAAGCUCCCUCCCAACCCUGACAUUCUGUGCUCUAAGGGUCCUCCCAGCCCUGACAUUCUGUCCUCCUCCAACUUUGCUAUUCUGUGCUUUAUGGGUUCUUCUAGUUCCAAAAGUCUCUGUCCUAAGGGCCCUCAGACAUUUUAUGAACUUCGUCAUUUCCCGAUGUCAGUCUCGAUGUUCAAAUCUAUAACGUGGAAGAACAACACAUGUUCUACCUGCCUUCUAGGAUUACUCUGAAGAAAGCCUUUCAUAAACUUUAAACCAUUUAUCAGAAGGUAAAAUCAUCUUUAUUAUUUUCUAAGCUUCCUUCCAACUCUCAGAUUCAGCAAAGGUGGCUUGAUGCGGCCCUCCUUUCAGCCAAGAGGUCAGACUUCUCUCCCCCUCCCAGGCCCAUUCCUCUCAUUUCUCACAGCCACCUCACGAUGACAUCAGCACAGUCUCCCCUCUGGUCCUUUGUUCCAAGGCUUGUUUACAAGGUGGUUGUGUACAUGUGUAUUUUGCCGGUGUUUUAGGGAUGAAUGACAAGGGUCCCCUAUUUUUAGGCACCUCUCUGAAGUUACUUUCAAGCCCAGCGGCAACAAGGAAGUUGGUCUGGGGAGCCAUCUGGAGGGGAUGACUUUGUGAGGGUACCAAAAACAAACCUGCCCAAGAAGGGGGUGGGGGAGAGGGGAGGUGAAUGUUCUGGCUCCCAUCUGGCCACAGUUCUUCCCCUUGGGCCAACUCUGGUUCCAGUAAGGAAGGGGUGGAGAAGUCUUGGCAUCUGGGAGAGAUUUUAGACAGCUGUGCCUCCCACGGCUCAGUCAGAAAGAGGACAUGGUCAUUUCCAGCUGUAAAAUUGAGAUUUGAACUCUGGACUUCAAUCCCCACAAGUCCUUGCUCCACUUCCCCAAAAUGUAAUCUCACGGAAUUCUGAAGUGGGCAAGUUCGAGAAGGUACUUAAGCUGAUUGCAAAGGCUCUUUCUCUCUCUUUUUGGACUUCCGUUUUGGAGCAGAUGUGGCUCUUUCCAUAAUGUAGGUGAGGUCUUGUCUAGGCCUCUGCCCUAGGCACAUUUUCCUUAUCCUGUAUUUUCUUUAAUCCUUAAUCCUUAAUAAACCUCUAAAAAAUAUAA